AUGGCAACUUCCAGAGCCAUGUCACGGACAUUGGCCGCUGUCGCUCGGCCCGUCGCAGAGUCAUCUUGCCGAGGAAUUGAGCGAUGGACUCGUUCAGUCAGUACCGUCCGAUCACAACUUCUUGUCGGUUCUCAUUCUACACGACCCCUUGCACAGCGACAGCGCAAUAUUCCAACAGCCAUACCAAGCCUCGCCGGUGUCGGUAGCGGGAUCCGAACCAUCUUCAUCCAGACGGAGAACACCCCGAACCCAGAUGCCCUCAAGUUUCUACCGAAUCAUCGAGUUGUGCCCGAGGAAUUCUCUACGCCUUUCAUUGAGUAUCUCAACCCCCGGGCAACCAUUUCUCCGCCAUAUCCUUCUCCACUCGCUGCCAAGCUCAUGAACAUCGAUGGAGUUACGUCAGUAUUCUACGGCGCCGAUUUCAUUACUGUUACGAAGACUGCAGAUGCCAAUUGGGCACACAUUCGACCGGAGAUUUUUGCCCUCAUCACAGAAGCCAUCACUGCAGGAGAGAAGAUAGUCACUGUCUCCGAACGCAGGGAUGGCGAUGCGGCCGAGGAGGAGGAUAGCCUUGCAUACAACGAAGAUGACAGUGAGGUUGUUGGUAUGAUCAAAGAACUUCUCGAGACACGAAUUCGACCAGCUAUCCAGGAGGAUGGCGGCGACAUUGAUUUUCGAGGUUUUGAUGAUGAGGGUUAUGUGCAUCUCCGGUUACGAGGUGCUUGUCGUACGUGCGAUUCUAGCACUGUCACCCUCAAGAAUGGAAUUGAGGGCAUGUUGAUGCAUUAUAUUGAGGAGGUCAAAGGUGUUAAGCAAGUAAUGGAUCAAGAGGAGGAAAUUGCUUUGCAAGAGUUCGAAAAGUUUGAGGAAAAGCUCAGGCAGCAAAAGGGCACUGUCAGUUCGGCAGCAUAA